AUGACAUUAGCAUACUGUAUUUUCCCCUCGAGACACUUUUCAAUUAAUACGUGCGCCUUUAAUCAAACAUUCCGAUUUGGAAGAGUUUUCGCCUUAACGCAACAAACGCGCUCCACCGCACAACCGCCAAAAUCAAGUGUUUUGAAAGUGCGUUAUCUUUUUUUUUCGGUUUUCGCAGGUUUUCACCACAUUUCUUAUAGAAAAACAUGUCGUACGAGUUUGAUCUUGAAUAUAUGAAUGAAUGUAUGGAACCAUUCGCAUUAUCAUGUCCAGAUGAUGAUAAUUAUAUUGGAAAAUGUGAGUUUUUUGUUGUGAAAACGAGGGAAAAUUUUUUUCUAUGAAAAAAAAAACAUUUUUCAGUCGAAGAAAUUUGCCGAACCUACCAUCAAACCGUGGACAAUAUUGUCGAUGAAAUCGUCUCAAUAAUGCAGAAUCAUAAGAGCAAAAUGGUGAAUCUGCAAGUGAUUGAAAGCCUCGAAAAGAAACUCGAGGCAAAAAUGUUGAAAGAAAGUGCAACACCAAAAGCAAAGAAGUUUGCGAGAAAACCAUUAGCUGACAAAACUCCGAAAAUCAUUGAAGAUGUUGUGGACAAAAUGGAGGAUAUGGAUGUGACACAAAAACCUUCAGGAAUUGGAAAUUCAUCAAAACUUGUUGGAAAAUACAGCGAAUUUUCGCCCUUCCCAAAUUCCCCUGCAAAUGAGAAUUUCGCAAAGAGAAACGAUCCCGGAAAAGUCAUCAAUACCAUCAGAGGCUCGAAAUUUAUUGAAGAUCAGCUUCCCGAGACAACAAAGCAAUCAAAAAUCGAGCAAAUCUCAAAAUCACCUCAAUUAUAUUAUGGUGGAGAAAAGGCGUCGCUUGUUAUUGACGCGAAAAUCGCGCGAUUCGAAAAAUUCGCCGAGAAUUUUAGAAAUGAAUAUGGCGAUGAGAUAAGUGAAUGGGGAAAUCCGAAAAUUCCAUCAGCUGAAAAUGUUUGUACCUAUGGACAAGUUGUGCACGAUGAUUCAAGUGAUAAUGAGAAAUUCAGCGAGUUUUCAGCAUGUUUGAUGUUGGGUUAGUGAAUUUUUAGCUCUUUUUCACGCUGAGAAAGAACAAUAGCGGUGUUUGAUAUCAAAAUAUUCAAAAUUUCACGAUGAAGUUGGAUUUUUUGAAUUCCACGUGGAAUUCGGAGCAUUUUGACAUCUAACAUGAGCAAUAUUAGGUUGAAAAUGCCAUUGAGCCUUGAAAUAACGGUGUUUGGAGUCAAAAUAUUGGAAAUUUCACGAUGAAGCUGAAUUUUUUGAAUUCCACGUGGAAUUUGGAGCAUUUUGAUACCUAACAUGAGCAAUAUUAGGUUUUUUUCUGAAAUUUUUCUCAAUAAUGAGCGAAAAAUCGAGAAUUGUGUGAAAAUGAAGUUUUUGAGAGCCUAAAUAUAACAAUUCUCGAUUUUUGGCUCAUUUUUUUGCUCUUCAGAGAAAAAAACUCAAUAUUGCUCAUGUUAGAUGUGAAAAUUCUCCAGAUUCCACGUGGAUUUCAAAAAAUCCAACUUCAUCGUGAAAUUUCGAAUAUUUUGAUACCAAACACCGUUAUUUAAAGGUUCAAUGGCAUUUUCAAACUAAUAUUGCUCAUGUUAGAUGUCAAAAUGCUCCAAAUUCCACGUGGAAUUCGAAAAAUCCAGAUUCAUCGUGAAAUUUCAAAUAUUUUGACACCAAACACCGUUAUUUUCGGGAAAAUAUUGCUCAUGUUAGGUGUCAAAAUGCUCCAAAUUCGAAUUCAAAAAACGUGUUUUUUUUCAGACGACGAAGAUGGCUCGAUAAUCCGCGUGGAUUUUAGCAAAAUCCAAGAUGACGUCACACUUUUCCCCGGGCAAAUCAUCGCUGUCUCGGGAACCAAUGAGACUGGCGAAAUUCUGGUCGUCGACAGAAUUUUCGCCGCCCCAAAAAUCCCAAUUUCCCGCGUCGGAAACGAUGUGAAAUUGAGCAUUUGGCUCGCCGCGGGACCCUUCACUUCAUCGGAAAAUUGUGCAUAUGAGCAACUCUGUGAAUUGUUGGAUCAAGUUGGCACGGAGCAACCGGAUGUGCUCAUUUUGACCGGGCCAUUUGUGGAUCGGAAGAAUAAUUUUUUGGCCGGAAGUGAUUUUAAUUCCACUUAUGAUUUAUUGCUGGAGGAUUUGUUUGUGAAGAUUGAGGAGAAAAUCAAGGGGUGAGUUAGGCUAAGUUGCCAAUUUUGGGCCCCCAUAAAAAUUUGUUUUUCCAGAACUCGAACCCAAUUAAUCAUCCAACCCUCUCCAAAUCGCGAUUUAUCAUCUCUCCCAGUCUUUCCAACUUCGCCCUUUGUUUUCCUCAACAAACGAAAAUUCUCGAAAAACAUCCAUUUCGUAGCGGAUCCAUCGAUGAUUCGAAUUUCUGAUUGUUUUGAAGUUGCGAUAACUUCGAGUGAUGUUAUUGUGCAUUUGAGCAAAUUGGAGUAUCAUCGAAGUUCGGAUCAGGAGAAUCAUGAUAGAAUUGCGAGAUUGAGCGGGCAUUUGUUGAGGUGAGUCUUGGGUUUUUACACGUGGAAUUUGGAGCAUUUUGACGUAUAAUAUGAGCAAUAUUGGGCUAUUUGAGCCUUUAAAUGGUGUGAAUUUAUUUUUUUCAAAUUCCAUAUGGAAUUCGGAGCAUUUUGACACCUAACAUGAGCAAUAUUAGGUUGAAAAUUCCACGUGGCAAAAUAAUUUUGAAAAUAACAGUGUUUGGAGUCUAAAUAUUCGAAAUUUAACGAUGAAGCCGGAUUUUUUGAAUGCCACGUGGAAUUUGGAGCAUUUUGACAUCUAACAUGAGCAAUAUUAGGUUGAAAAUGUCCCCACCUUUCCAGCCAACGCUCAAUGUACCCUCUGGAACCCGCCCAACUCCCCUCUUCCAUGGAAGAUGUGAUAAAUGUGUGCGAACUUCAAAAAUCCCCCCACCUCUUCAUCACACCGUGCAUUUUGGCGCCAUUCGCCAAAUCCGUCGACAAAUCCGCCUUCCUCAACCCAUCGACCUUGGCAAAAGGUGGAAGUGGAACUUUCAUCAAAUUUGCCACGAAUUUCAGCCCAUCCGCCGCGAAAUCUGACGAUUUUAGUGUUCUUGAUUAUUCGCUUGUUGAAAUUUGCAAAAUUUAA